AUAUAUUGGUUUUAUUUUCUUUUAGUAUUUUUGGUAUGUUUGACGUGCGUUACCUAUCACUGUACCCACAACGGAGAUGCUGGGCUGGUUAAAGAACUUUAUAAAAUGAUAUCCUAGUCAAAGGUGUUUCAAAGCGUUGCUUAUUAUUUCUAUAUGGAGCUGAAGGUCUGGGUCGAGGGAAUACAAAGAAUCGUCUGUGGGGUCACCGAGACAACAACUUGUCAGGAUGUAGUUUUCGCGUUAGCACACGCCACUGGUAAAGUCGGCAGAUUCACUCUCAUAGAACGAUGGCGAAACAACGAGAGACUUCUGGCACCCCAAGAAUUCCCACUGAAGAUUUUGAUGAAGUGGGGAGAAUACUCAAAUGAUAUUCAAUUUAUAUUGAGGAGAUCUGAACCAGGCAGCAGCUCGAAGCCUUCACCACCACAGUUGAACUCCAGGUCUAUUGGGAAUAGCAGUCACAACACUUCUAAUCCAAAUAUGCUGGAGAACAGAAUUUCUCCAAAUAGAAUAAAUGCUAUACCAAAUUACAAUAAUAAUGUCAACAACACUUCUCCUGGAAAUCCUGUAGGAGUUGUAAAAGGGAUUCAGCAAUCAAAAACACUGGAAUCUGAUAGCACAGGAUCAAAAGAUGUACCCCCUUACAGGGAACCGCCCCCACCAUAUCGUUCUCCCCCACCUCCAACUCAAGCUCUCCAAAAAUCUCCAAAUCGUAUGAGAGUUCUACAAGGCCCUCAUAUGUCACCUGUGAACUUAACUGAAGAAUCCACCGAGAAUCGAAGCCCUGAAGCAGUUAGUUACAACACACAGUACAGGGAACUUGUGUCGCUUGUUAACUAUCAGAGAGAAAAGCUCUCUAGUCAGCAGGUUGAUCUUAUUAAGUAUGAUGCGGAAAUUGGUUACUGGGAGAAUAAAGGCAGAGAACAAGAACGUCAGGUUGAACUUUUGCAACAACAGAUCAGCUCAGCUGACAAUCAGCUGAGAAUUAGUACAGAACAGGUACAGGCAUUAACUUUUGUGGAAGAAGAAAGUGAGGUAGUCAAACAAAACGAAAAGACUUUAAGAUCUGAGAUAGUGUUGAUGCGCUCUAAGCUUGCCAACUGUGAGACAGAACUUUUGCAAUGUAAGAAUAAAAUAAGAAAAUUAAUGGAGGAAAUACACAAUGAACAAAGGAUUAUCAGUAGUCGACAGCAGGAAAACAGACAAGCACUGGAGCGGUCAAUGUUGGCUGAAAUGGAAAACUUACAGAGUCAAAUACAACAAGCUAAGCAUGCUACAGAAAUCAACCACCUAACUGCAGAGAAUCUCAAACGAGAGGUGGGCGUCUUAGAAAAUGCUAUAAUGGAGAAAAAGAGGCAAGUAGAGCGUUUAGUUCAAGAAAUGAAAGAGGCAAAUCUUCAAAGUUUAACCGGCAGCGUGGAUGAGCUACGACACCCGUUAGAUGGACUUUGCAAAGCUGGUAGCGCUCGUAGAAUUAUAGGAUCUCCGAGGCAGCUUGAAAAUGCAGCGCCUACAAACAAAAAUCCACAUGGUGUAUGGGUGUAAAUCAUAUCAGUAUCAGUAAAAUACAAUGUCGCCAUAACGACAACCAGCAUAAUAUAUAAACUCGAAAUGAUAUUCAAUACUUAAAUCUUACCUUUUUCGUGUUUUUACGCAUGCAAAUUGUUCAUAAAUUAUGAACAGCAGCCUACUGGUUAAGCGAAAUAUUUAAAAAAAGUUACAUAUACAGCAUUAUUUUUGUUAAAAACCGUAUUUAGUAGCCAAUUUAACAAUUUAUUUAGUUUAUUUUAUUAGUACUUGUGUUCAAAUAUGUGUCAUAUUUAAAGAGUAUUGUCACAAAUUAUGUGUGUUAGUUUAUAUUGUCGAGUUUAGCAAGUUUUAAUAAUAUGAUAAAAAGUACUUACGGUUUGAUCUCACAUUUACUACUUAUUUUGCACCCUAUGAUGUAAAAUACUUUCACAGUUGUUCCGUGGUGGCGUCACACCAGAGAAUGAUUUCAUGUUAAAAAAAUUAUAUCGCGUCCCCUACAUGAAACUUGAAUAAACUAAGUUGGAACCGUAUUUUUUAAACCAUUUACGUUGGCUUCAUUUGAGUGUAAAUAAGAGUUUAUAAUAUUGAGCUCAUUUUUUUAAUUUUUAACCUCAUUUUUUCAACUCUACUGAAGCAGUUU